UAUAACAUGAGGCAACAGGCUGCACCUUAAAGAAAAUGUUAUUUUCUGAGAAAUGCUUACAAACUUUAUAAGACUUAAAAGAGGGGUGAGAUAAACUAACUAGGCUAUAUGUGCGAGUCGGUGUCGACGCAGUGAACUCCACGCUUGUGCUUCAUUGUCUCUGUUCAUCCCUACAGUAAGAAAGAGUCCCGUCCCUUCAGUUCAGAGGGCGUGGUGUGUGUAUGUGUGAGUGUGAGUGGGAAAACAAACAGCAUACAACCAACUCUACUUCCUACAUCUGCGUACAACUCGAGCAUUUCUUCCCCUCAGCUCGCGUCAAGCGUCUCUCCUGCGCUUAGUGUUUACACUGAGUCCCGCUGAGCUCAGAGGACGCGUCCCAUCAUCACUAAAUGACGCGCCGCAGCGCUGCAGUUUUACAUCCACACCACAGCUCCACGCGCGCUCAACAUAGAUGGACCCGCAUCAUCUGAGGACUUCAGAGUGAUAUUACCGUCGUGAUUGUGUUUUUCUUUUUGUAAAAUGAGCGGAGGGGAAAUCAUCUGUCAGGGAUGGUUGAGAAAGUCGCCACCCGAGAAGAAGCUCCGGAGAUAUGCUUGGAAGAAGCGCUGGUUUAUCCUGCGUAGUGGGCGCAUGAGUGGAGACCCGGAUGUUCUUGAGUACUACAAGAGUGACCAUGCCAAAAAGCCCAUUCGCAUCAUCGACCUGCACUGCUGCGAGCAGGUGGACGCCGGCCUCACCUUCAAACGCAAAGAGUUCCAGGACAGCUUUGUGUUCGACAUCAAGACGGCAGAGAGAACCUUCUACCUGGUGGCAGAAACGGAGGAAGAGAUGAACCGCUGGGUCCGCUCCAUCUGCCAGCUCUGUGGAUUCAACCAGUCAGAGGACAACCAUCACGAUGAGAGAUCAUCAACCACCCACAUUUCCCGCUCACUGGCUAACGAUCUGGGUGGCUCUCUGGCUCCACUGAUUGGUGAACGGAAAACAUCUGUUCCCGCCCACUCCAGCCAGCCAUUGCUUUUCACAUUCGACAUACCUGUACGCCACUCCCAUAGUACUCUGUCUAAUAGUGCUCCUCAGGACUACCUCUUCCUCCAUCAGUGCAUGAGCCGCAAGAGUGAGAGUGCACGGAGUGCCAGUUUCUCGCAGGCCUCGCGCAGCAGUCUUCUGGUGGGCAGUGACUCGGCAGUUCAGAGACUCACUCAUGGUUUCUCUCAUUGCCUGAAUGGCAUGGGCGCCCAGCUUCACGGUUUCUACAGCCUUCCCAAACCCGGCAAAAAUCAGCAGCCCCCUUCGCGGAACGACUCACGUGACGCUUGUUACGUUCUGCCCAGGGGUUACAGUUCUGAAGGGGCAUCAGAGCUUGAAUCAGAUGAUGUCUACACUUAUAAGACCCCCAAUAACACUCUAGCAGCCUUCCAAACCAAUGAGCAGCGGGCCCUAGAUAACUAUGAUUUACCCAGCAUUCCUAGCUCUAUCUACCAGAUCCCCCGCACGUUUGAUAAGAACCACAAUGCCCUGAUGCCAUCCAGUUCUGACUCCACAAAUGCGCCUCCUCCCAGACCUCCCAAACCCAGCCAGGGCUCAGAGACACGGCGGGGCAGCCCGCUGACCGUGGGGGCUCAAAAUGGAGAGGUCUCCACGGUGUCCGUCAUCCCCAGGAGGAACACACUGCCGGCGGUGGAAAACGUCAAGCUUCACAGAGGAUCCUCUUUUGAGACCAGUAGUCACCAAAAGCCAGUCUAUUUCAACAAUUCUGGUCAGUCAGUGGAGUCUGUAAAUGACGGCUUCAGCUCAUAUCUGAGAACUAAAGCCCCAUUGACCCGCUCCGAUAGUGCCAGCUCUGAGGAUAACUAUGUACCCAUGAAUCCCGGCUCGUCCUCCUCCCCUCUCAGUGCUGCCCUGGUUGACAGUCCUAAAAAUAAUUAUAUUCCCAUGAGCCCAGGUCCUCACCAUUUUGAUUUCCCAGGAUUUUCAGCAACGUUGCCAGCCAGGAAGGGCAGUACAGCAUCACUAUGUCUCCGACCCGGCCGACUCAGUGACGUCACACCGCCACCAAUUAAUCGCAACCUUAAACCCAACCGGACAGCAAAACCAACACCUCUUGACUUAAGGAACAAUGGCAUCAUUGAUGAACUUCCCUUCAAGAGCCCCAUCACCAUGUCUUGGAUCAGACCCAUGCCUGUGAACUCCAUCUCAUCACAGCCCUGUCGGCCCAUUUCGACCCAGAGCAUCACAAGUACUGAUUCUGCAGACAGUGAGGAGAAUUAUGUGGCAAUGCAAAACCCAGUGUCUACCUCCCCAGCGAUGAGUGGCACCAGCAGUCCUGCACCCAGGAAUUGUGGUAAUGUGGACUAUUUGGCCCUGGACUUUCAGCCUGGCUCCCCUGGUCCACACAGAAAGCCGUCCACCUCUUCAGUGACCUCAGAUGAAAAAGUGGACUACGUCCAAGUGGACAAAGAGAAGACUCAGGCCCUUCAGAACACCAUGCAGGAGUGGACAGAUGUGCGACAGUCAAGCGAGCCAACUAAAGGCAUCAAGUCCUGAUGAUUUUCAAAUGUGCACACUGAAUGUGUCACUCGAUACAACGUGAUACAAACUGAUUUACCUGUGACAAAAUAGCGAAUAAUACACCAAACAAAAGCCAUAGAUCCAGUUCGUUUGGUCUUUUGAGGACAAAAAAACUCCACUGAACCUCCUAGACUGUCUUGCCAUGCAUGUUAGACAUGUUUAACUUUUCAAAGUGCAGUGCAACCAAACUUUAGCUACUUACUCUCUCUCUAAGUGUGAGCGAAGAACGAUAAGCAGUGAUAAUUUAAAUCUAGUUAUAGAUUAUGCAAUUUUUUUACAAUGU